CGCUUACAUUGUUCGAAUAAAAUGCCCUUCCAAAGAUGUAAGGGCGUCGCAUCUUCAAAGACGCAUCUCGAGUUUGCUACGUCGUCAAAGACACAUCCCUGCAACUUAGGAAAUAUCCUUUUCGUACCAUAUUAAAGAACUUUCUUUAAUCUUCUUCUUCCUGUGAAUCUACGGAGGUCGGUUGGAGUAUUAGGAGAGGGUCUGGUUUUUGGAGAGAGAUGGCAUCGUCGAUGAUAGCAGCAGCUGCAAAGAACGUGAGUACAGCAGCAAGAAAACAAGCAUUGACAUUAACAGAUGCUGCAGCUGAUAGAAUACGUCAUCUUCUGCAACAAAGACAACGCCAAUUUCUUAAGCUUGGCGUUAAAGCCCGUGGGUGUAAUGGAUUAAGUUAUACUCUCAAUUACGCUGAUGAGAAAGCUAAGUUUGAUGAAGUGGUGGAGGAGAAGGGUGUAAAGAUCUUGAUUGAUCCAAAGGCACUAAUGCAUGUUAUAGGAACCAAAAUGGAUUUUAUAGAUGACACACUCAGGUCUGAAUUUGUGUUUAUCAAUCCAAACUCCAAAGGUCAAUGUGGAUGUGGAGAAUCAUUUAUGACAACAAAUAACAGUGGAUCUGCUAAGUAAACCCUCUUCAAGAAUCAUCAUAUCCAGCAUGAUAGAGGUAAAGAAAGUUGUUGAAAAUUCCCAUCUGUCACUUUUUAUCUAAGCCCAACUCAAAAUGAGGCAGUUGCUCAAUAAACAUUCCACUACAAAAGGUAUAUAUAUCGGUGAUUAUAGUUCUAUUGGGUUGGUAAACACAAACGCUUGUAUUACAUGCUAUUACAGUUUGAAUGUAAAUGGUAAUGUUGCCAGCUCUUUGUACAAACAGUUAUGCCUGUAUUCUUGUUCGAAAGUGAACAAUAGAAGGAUUAAUGGAUCAGCA